CGCUGUCGCACCGCUCCAAAACCUGAUGCAGACGCUUAACAUUUAACUUCAAUCGCACUGUUCUGCCUCUGAAGACUGCGGCCUCCGUUUGGUUGUCUGUUUUUAUCCGCCAGGACAUCAGUUAAUCUCUGCUGCGUUUUAUUCCUUCGCCCGGAGGAAACAAAGAACUUUACACUCAUCGACGCCAGGGUGCCCGUAUAACACGGACCACAAGGCGAACAGAGGACCCUCUUUACACAUCAGGAGCUUCAUCCAUUUUCAAAAUUUUCUCCAACUUCAGCCCUCAGACAAACAUUAGCAUGAUGUCGUAUCUAAAGCAACCACCUUACACAGUCAACGGCCUCAGCUUAACGACUUCCGGAAUGGACCUUUUGCAUCCGUCAGUGGGCUAUCCAGCAACGCCACGGAAGCAGAGGCGAGAAAGGACUACUUUUACGCGCGCACAGCUCGACGUUUUGGAGGCGUUGUUCGCCAAAACUCGGUAUCCGGACAUAUUCAUGCGCGAAGAGGUGGCUCUGAAAAUCAAUCUACCUGAAUCCCGAGUACAGGUCUGGUUUAAGAACCGGCGGGCAAAUGAGCAGCAGCAGCAGCAGAAUGGAAGCCAGAACAAGGUGCGACCUGCCAAAAAGAAAAGUUCCCCAACCAGAGAAGUAAGCUCGGAGAGCGGGGCCAGCGGCCAGUUCACGCCCCCUACUAGCACCACCACUGUCCCCGCAAUCCCAACCAGCACCGCCCCAGUGUCCAUCUGGAGCCCGGCGUCCAUCUCUCCGCUCUCAGACCCCCUGUCUACCUCCUCCUCUUGCAUGCAGAGGUCCUAUCCCAUGACCUACACCCAGGCCUCGGGCUACAGCCAGGGCUACGCCAGCUCGACGUCCUACUUCGGCGGCAUGGACUGCAGCUCUUACCUCACUCCCAUGCAUCACCAGUUGUCAGGCCCGGGCUCGACGCUCAGUCCGAUGAGCACAAACGCGGUCACAAGCCAUCUGAACCAGUCCCCGGCGUCCCUCUCCACCCAGGGCUACGGGACGUCCGGCCUGGGGUUCAACUCAGCAGACUGCUUGGAUUAUAAGGACCAAGCGGCGUCGUGGAAGCUGAACUUCAAUGCCGAUUGCUUGGAUUACAAGGAUCAAACGUCCUCGUGGAAAUUCCAGGUCCUGUGAACAGAGCGAUCAGCUGUGAAAAAAGUGCACAAACAGUGACGAUCACAUCAGACAAGGCGCUGCCAUCCCUCAGUAAAAACACUUCAGACUGGUUAAAAUGUGAGCCUGGCUCGGCGAGGCAGAGCUGUCAGAGGCCUCGAGGUUUCCACAUGAAGGUCUCUGGUCCUCCUAGAGGAGAGGUUUAAUUUAUUUUAGCACUGGCAGGUGGAUUUCUUUUUUUUUCUGUUCAUUCACAGAUUGUGGCCCCUUAUCCAUGUCUAUCAGUGUGUGCCUCUGAGCGUAAAAACCACCUGUUGAGGACAAACACCGACUGGACUCUGACAGAGACGUACACAACAGCCACGGAACUAGUGUUUAUCGGAGGACACAACUCGAGCUCGUUCUGCCGGUGAAGCGCUCGGGAUGGACAGACCUCGUAUAAGCUUCUUCCACAGUUUGCCAACCUGCCGGCUGAGAAACACGAGGACGGCGUGUGGACAUGGAUGCACUACUUUAUUUAAGAAAAAAAGGUGUUUAUAAGGAAUCAAUAUGUAGUUUCUAAGAGACAAUCAGUGUGUUAUAUAUAUGGUACAUGUUUUUUUUAAAUCCGUGCUAGCCUUCGAAACUGUGAUCUGUUGUAUUGUAUGCAAUUUGUGAGUCCCCCACCCCCCAUCCCACACACACACACACACACACACACAGCUGUGAAUUUAAUAGAUUUGUAACUGUUUUUUCGAACAAGAUGCUAAUGGUUAAAUCACCGGCAUCACAAAGACACACGGAUCUUUCCAGGCACAUGGUGGUCAGUAGUAAUAACCAAGGCUUAGCCAUACUGGACUCUCGGCUGCUGAGAGCUCCACUCCUGCUCCCCUCCACUGAUCUCAACACACGGUAAUUGUGGAUCCUUUACAUGGCUCCAAAGAUGGUGUGACACCGCUGAAAAGACAUGAAUAAAGGUCCUGUGAGCGUACUGCUUCGUCAAAAAACGAUCUGUGUGCGCCUGCGUGUGUGUGUGUGUGUGUGUGUGAGAGAGAGAGAAAGAGAGAAAGAACAAAGUCUGGCAAAGUGCCGAAAAUAAACUGUUACGACUUGAUCUGUUGCAGUUAAAUCUUAAAGAUUAAUUAUGGAACGAAAUCACCAGGUCACGUUUCCCUUUCCAGGGAAAUAGGGAGGGAAACAAAUAAGAUGGCUCAGUAUUUUUGUGAACACUUUAGAUUUAUAAAAUCAUACAGCCCAAAAAUUUGGGGAGGAAUAAAAAAAAAGCCCAGACUGUGAGCAACAAUUUCCUAACAUGGAGGACAGCCGUUUGUAUCUGUGUUCAUUAAGUCAAUAAUCACAGUCUGAGUAAGAAUUGGAGUCCAGCUCACUUCUCAGUGGCCACCAAACUGUUUCCUAUCAUCUGAAAUCAUCCAAUAUAUUAAAACAACGUCUUUUUAAAUCACAUUGCUCGCAUCUACUUUCCUGUAGUUUUACAGCCAUUC